UGUUGUUAGAGAAAGUUCAGGUGUGCUUAGCACCAAUCGAGGGGCCGAAUUGAUGCGACUGCAACACAACAGCCCUUGUACCAUAGGUGAUAAUGUACUAGGGCUCAAGCGAAUAGGCAAUAGUAACGCUAAGCACAGCAACGUUUAUAAGCCAAUGUCGUCUUCCCUAGGCUGAGUAAUUUAACAGACCAGUUCGUACGGUGAUUUAAAAAAAAAAAUGUCUACAUCAUCCGCCGCAUCCUCCGAUGAUAUCCAGCCGUCACUCAGACCCUCCGAUGUCAAUGACCACGAUGAGAUGAUGGAAGUUGAAGACGAGGUUGAUGAUUCAUCUGAUUCACCAAAUGAUCUUAGUAAAGAAAUGGAGUCAGAGGGGCAUAGCAGCCACUUGGGAUCAGGUUUGUCUCAAGAAAAAUCUAGGUUGAGGCUACCAUCUGAUGUCCCUGCUGUAGAAGAGAGUAAAGGCAAUUCCAGAAUUUCAUAUUCUCCAAAUAAGCCAUUCAAAAGACGAAAAGAGGGGUCAUAUGAGACCUGUGAGGGAUCUAAGCAUCCAAAAUCAGGGAAAUAUUUGGCUUUGGAUAAGGACAAUAGGAGUCAAGAAUCUGAGAUAUCUAAGAAAGAUAUAGGAGCUGUUCAAAAAGUGAAAACCCCAGAAGAUUAUGAAAUGCAUACUGAUUGUGAAGCUCGUUUUUGUGAAACUAAGAUUAUGGAUGCUGAGACCACCAGUCCUUUUAGUGUUGCUAGAAAAAAUGUGGCUGCAGCCACUCUGAUAAGAGAUUGCCUUGGUAAAGGGCCUUCUGAGGAAGAAAAUAAGCAAAUGGACAAGCAUUCAGGAGAUGAUAUGCCGAGGAUGGCAUCCAGGUAUUCCAGAUCGGCCUCUCCUGCUGGAAGGACUACUAGUUUGCCCCCUGGUGCUGAGAUUAAGGAUGCAGACAAACGCCCAGCAGUUAUCUGUGACUUCUUUACUAAAGGGUGGUGCAUUAAAGGGAAUUCAUGUAGGUUUAUUCAUUUGAAAGAUGAUGCGAAUAAUACUAGCCAACAACCUAAGGAAGAUGCAGCUGCUGCAGCUGUGAGAACAGAUGCUCAGUCUGAUGAAGAAAGGAUCCUGGCACAAGAACUGGGAGAAAGCAAAGGAAUGCCUCAGUUACAGGAAAAUCAUAGAUUUUCAUCACUGCAAAGAGAGAAUAUUUCUUUGGGAAAUAAUCCUUCUUCCCAGCGAUUUGCUUCAACCCGGAAUGAUGUUGGGCUUAUCUCAUCAUUUAAGGAUGUAGGAAGAGAGGGUUUGAGACAAAAUUGGUCUGUUGAUGAUUAUGGAAACCAUGUAUCAUUGUUAAGUGGAGGCAGUUCUCCUAUGUUCAGGAACAGCUUACUUCCUGAGUAUAGAUCUUCUCCAAGCAUGUGUCAUAAUAAUUAUUCUUCACUGAGUCAUCCUUUGAAUUCGAGCUUGAUAACUUCUGGUCCAACUGGUGGCAAUUUUCCAUCCCAUGUUUCAUUUCUGCCUUCUAAUUCUUCCUCUUUGAAUGCAAGUCCUCUCGGUGCUCAAAAGCUGUUUGAGUGUGAUAGACAAUGCCAUACUUCUAGAUCGUCUUUGUUGCUUAAAAGUUCUUCCCCCUUUUCUGGUUCUGAACCAGAAAAACCACUGCUCUCUGCUGAUUAUAAAACAAAAAUAUCGUCCAAUGAUUGGGAACCAUCUGUACCUUUUCGACCAUCCUUUUUUAUUGAUCCUACAAUUAUAUCUUCUCCAGGAAGUCAGUAUGACCCGCUUCGCGAUAGCUUUGAUUCAUAUAAGAUAGGAGACGCAUCACUUAAAGUUUCUAUCUCUAGGACUGUUCUCCCAGACUGCGUUGGUGAUAAAAGUUCUGUAUCUUCUCAAGGUGGAUUCCAGGAUAAUUUGUUGAACAAGAAUUGCCAUACACCUGGAAAAGAUUCCCAGACAGGGGAAGAAGAGGCAGUGGGGACUUCUGUUGAUAUGCAAAAUGUGACCAUGCGCAAAGAAGAUGACUCUUCUGUUUCCACUUGCGUAAAAGAUAUAUCAAAGUUUAAAAAACUUGAUAAAAGUCAUGAUAUUAGACAUCAAAAGGAUGGUUCUAGACUCAAUAAGGACUCGAGAGCGGAAAGAAUGAGGCAAAAAAAUGAAAUGGAUUCAAAUGGGGAUGUGGAAAAGGAAUCAAAAGCAAUGAGGCAUUUCCGUUCGGGUCUUGUAGAUUUUGUUAAAGAAUUAUUGAAACCAACUUGGCGAGAGGGUAAGCUCACCAAGGAUGCUCAUAACAGAAUAGUCAAAAGAGCAGUUGACAAGGUUCUCCAUGCCUUACAGCCCCACCAAAUUCCAACCACAAUGGAAUCAGUUAAGCAUUAUCUUUCUUCAUCCCGGCCAAAAAUUGCAAAGCUUAUAGAGGGAUAUGUUGAUAAAUAUGGAAAGUCUUGAGAUGCCAGCCCAUUUUUGUCUUUUGUACAGUUUCGUACUCGUUCUAGCAAAUAUCCUUCCUGGUCACUUAAGUUCAUUGUACUAUUGUGAUUCCUUGUUGAACUGAAAUGAUAAAAAGAUUUCAUCUAUGCUUCCAAAGUUUGUGUACAAUGGAUCUUGUGUUGUGAUAUUCAUCAUAGGCAUCAGUCCCAGAAUGAGCCUGGAUGUGAAUUUGCAUCUUUGAAAUUCCAUUUUGGCAAAUGGGAUUUUCAAGUUGCUAAAACUUCUCAACUUGUUGCCAAGAAGCCGGCACAGUGCCCAAGUCCUUUAAGGCCAAACAUCAAUAUGAGCUUUGUAGUUUUUCUAUGAUAUUUUUAAACCUACAUUAUUCUAAAUUUAUGGUUCAGGAAUUGAGUGACAAUAAUGCAGCAAUUUCAAACAUAAGUGAUGUUUGCUCUUGUUUACAGUC